AGUGCUACAUCAGGAUUGGAGCAGUUGAAGAGCAUUGUACAGGCCAGGCUGGAUGAGCUGAAGAUCCUCGUUCAAAAACCCAGUGCAACCCCUAUGGAAGUGGUGCAGAAGGCCACCAGCAUGAGUGCUGAGCAGGGGGAGAAAAUCAUGGGCCGUGUGGAGGCGAUGACUGCUGAGGUGGCAGGUCUGCGCAAGCAGGUCGACAUCCUACAUGGAGCACUUACAGAAGGCUUGAACCAAAUUGGAAAGCUGACAACAAACUCUGAGAAGCUGAAGGGAGCAGUGUCCAACGUCCAGGGCUUGGUGAUAAAGGUUCGUGAUGCAGUGUUGGCAAGAGGUGGUACAGAGGACAUGAAAAAGGCAGAGCAGUCGAUUGCUCCUCGGACAAAGGCACUGAAGGUUGCAGAGAAUUCGACACUCCCAACAUUCCCUUCUCCAGAUGGCAGCCGUGGUGGUGUUGAUGGAAUCCAGGCUGAUAUUCAGGCAACAACGUGUGAAAACGGGAUUGAUAGUGAGGCAGGACCACCAGUGGAUAUGAUGUGUGCAAGACUGCGCAGUUGUCAAUAA